AUCUCUUCCACCUCACUUUGCCCUCCCAUUUUCCUUCAAUUCAAUACCAAUCCAUUUACGUUCUUUCACAUUGAUUCCUUUUCAGUUUUCCUUCUAUCUUUUCAUUAAUUAUACCAUCUAGGACUAGCUCUAUAAUCAAAAGACAUAAAAUCAAACAAUAAAAAGAAAAGAAAACCUUUGUUCUUAAUUAAUCUCCCAUGGCGAAUUGGUUGAGAAUAUCAUCAAGAACCGUUGCCAACCACAUAAAGAAACGUAUGAACAAAGAGUUCAUGGGGGGUGCUGUCCACGUUAACCAAAGUUCUGGUUUAUGGUGGGGUUUGAACCGUGGAGGGCCGGUUUCUGAUCGGAACCGGAGACAUAUGGAUCCAUUGGCAUGGAACAGGGCUACCCUUCUCUGCGUUCAGCGUUUCAAGACCACCUUAGCUGAAAAGCAACAUGAUUCGUUUCUGUCUAGCGAUAGUGAUGAUGAUAAUCAGUCAGUGGACUUUCCGGGGGGGAAAGUUUCCUAUACUUCCGAAAUGAGUUUCAUCUCAGAAUCUUCACAGACCAGAGUACCUUGCUAUCGAGUUCUGGAAGAUGAUGGAGACUUGAUUUCGGACUGUGAUUUUCAACAGGUAAGCAAAGAAGAUGCAGUAAAAAUGUACAGUAACAUGGUGACUUUACAAAUAAUGGAUAACAUAUUCUAUGAAGCACAAAGGCAAGGAAGAAUAUCUUUUUACCUCACCUCUGCUGGUGAAGAAGCAAUUAGCAUAGCCUCUGCUGCUGCUCUCUCUGAACAAGACAUUAUCUUGCCUCAGUACCGUGAACCGGGAGUUUUGUUAUGGCGUGGUUUCACGUUGCAAGAAUUCGCCGACCAGUGCUUUGGAAACAAAGCUGAUUAUGGAAAAGGCCGGCAGAUGCCGAUUCAUUAUGGGUCCAAAAAGCACAAUUUCUUCACCAUUUCGUCUCCCAUUGCAACACAACUUCCCCAAGCUGCAGGCAUAGCUUAUUCUCUUAAAAUGGACAACAAAAAAGCAUGUGUUGUGUCAUACAUUGGAGAUGGUGGCACCAGUGAAGGUGAUUUUCAUGCUGGUUUAAAUUUUGCAGCAGUUAUGGAAGCUCCAGUCAUUUUCUUCUGUCGCAACAAUGGCUGGGCAAUCAGUACAAAUGUAUCUGAACAAUUUCGAAGUGAUGGCAUUGUUGUAAAGGGUCGAGCCUAUGGAAUCAGAAGCAUCAGGGUGGAUGGAAAUGAUGCACUUGCUGUUUACAGUGCAGUUUCUGCAGCCCGAGAAAUGGCUAUAAAUGAGCAGAGACCAAUUCUUAUUGAGGCCCUUACAUACAGAGUAGGACACCAUUCCACAUCUGAUGAUUCAACCAAGUAUCGCCAGCUUGAUGAAAUUGUCUACUGGAAAAAGGCUAGGAACCCUGUAAACAGAUUUCGAAACUGGGUUCAAAAUAUUGGCUGGUGGAGUGAACAACAAGAAACUCAGCUUCGGAACAGUGUGAGGAAACAGUUAUUGGAAGCAAUUCAGGUGGCAGAGAAAACUGAGAAGCCUCCACUUUCGGAGUUGUUCACCGAUGUGUAUGAUCAUCCACCAUCAAACCUUGAGGAACAAGAGAAACAUCUCAGGGAAACCGUCACCAGACAUCCAAAAGAUUACCCUUCCGAUAUUUCUGUCUAGAUUUUUCUUCAUCUCUAUUAAGAUUGUUUUUCUCAACGUUUGAAGUAAGAUGAAGCUGUUAAUAUGUAAGGAUUUGCAUGAUGUCGAUAAAGCACUUUCCUGUAUUAAUUUGUGUAUAUGCAUUUGGCAUUUGAUUUCAGCAAGAAA